AUGGAUAUAAUCAGCUAAAAUCUUGAAGGAUCCUAAGAAGCUAAAUAUAACCUUGCUUUGCAUCUUCAAAAAAGGAAAAAAGUCAAAGAGAUGUACCGAAUGAAAGGUGUCUAAAUGCUCGAUAAGCCUGAGUUAGUCAUUUCUGAUAUCUAAGAACCUAAGUUAAAGCCUUAUUAAGCUUCAAUUUAUUAGACUAUGAAAAGCGAAUUAAGUAAAAAAGGCUACUCUGAUUUUAGAUUUUUAGGACAGGGAGUAUAGGGAUUAGUUUUGUUAGCAAAAGAUUCGAAAACUAACAUGAGGGUUGCCAUCAAAGGUGUUUAAGUUAGAGAUCCUCAAGGUAAUCUUGACGAAGAUCUUAACAAUCGAGUGAAACAAGAAGUAGAAAUUCUCAAAAAAUGUAGAGACUCUCCUUAUGUAGUCAGUCUUAUAGAUUAAUUUGAGGGAUAACAAUUUAGUUACUUAGUUCUAACUGAGUGUUAAGUCUUUAAUGCAAAAUUAAAUACUAUAAAUAAUAAGGAACUCUCACCUAAAUUUUAGAAAGAAACUAAAACAAAAGAUUGA